CAAUCAAAGUUCAUCAGCACAAGACAUGUGUCCCUUUGGGCGUGGUACAUGGCUCUGCCCACCCCUAUCACACAGAAGUUGCACAGUAAGGCGUGUUCAAUGAAUAUUUUACCCAGGAGCCUACUGACAGAGUGACAAUUGGCUCCAAAGUACAAGGGCAAAACUUUCCAAGAGCACAGACAGCUCAGAGGAGCGGCACAAUAAUUUUGUCAAGGAAUGCCCAUUCAUCAGGGUCUACAGCAUAAAAACAAACUCAACAGGGAAAAGCAAGAAAAGAAAAGGGGAAAGUAUGUCAGACGGCCACAGUCCAAAAGGAGGUUCUGGGGUCUUUGCCAAAAGAGUCCAAAGGCAACUGAGCAGGGGCAAGGAGAAGGUCUUGCAGAAGUUUGGAAAGACGGUGGAGACCAAAGAUGAAAGAUUUGAGCAUUGCCUCUUAAAUCUCACUGACCAACAGAUUGAUGGGAACCGGUUAUACAAAGACCUAAAGCAUUACCUUAGUUCUGUCAAAGAAAUGCGGGAAGCUUCAAAACGGCUUUCCCAGUCUCUGUAUGAUAUCUAUGAGCCGGACUGGGAUGGAGAAGAGGACCUGGGGGCCAUUGUAGAGGGUGAAGACCUCCUGUGGAAUGAUUAUGAGGCGAAGCUGUUAGACCAGGCGCUUCGUACCAUGGAGUCUUAUAUGAGCCAGUUCCCAGAUGUCAGGGAGAAGGUGGCCAAACGAGGCAGGAAGCUGGUUGACUACGAUUCCUGCCGUCACCACUUGGAGGCGAUGCAGAAUGCUAAAAAGAAAGAUGAUGUCAAAAUAGCCAAGGCAGCUGAUGAGGUAAACAUAGCCCAGAGUGUCUUUGAGGGCAUCAACAGAGAGCUGAGGGAUGAGCUCCCUGCUCUCUAUGACAGCCGAAUUGGAUGCUAUGUGUCAGUCUUCACAGCCAUCUCAAAUUUGCGGGACACCUUCUUCAAGGAAAUGACUACUUUCAACAGUGAUUUGCAGAAUGUGAUGAAGGAUCUGAAGGAUCAGCAUCCAGACAAGGUAUUUGUCAUCAAGGGGUUUAAUCGGACUGGCUCUCUGAUGAGGCGAUCUCUCAUGUCCCCCAAGUCAUGGAAGGCCAGCUUCUCUGACUUCCAUCAGAGUUCUAGUUCAGGCAAGUCAGGCACCCUCACUAGAGACAGGUCCAGCCUCAGAUCCCCUAGUAGUCCUCGCUACGAUGAGUCACUCACCAGCACACCUGCAGUCUCCUCACGGCCCCUGCCUAUUGAAGAGCCCGCCUCAGUGGCCAGAGACCUGGAUGCAGACUCCACCCGUAGUGAGGAUCCUACUGCAGAGAAGAAACCUGGGUCUGAAAGCAGGGAUGACACCACCACCACCACAGAAGGGGCCUCCGGCAGUGGUCAAAAGUCAGGGGAAGAGAAACUGGCGGAGGAAGAAAAGGGUGUUAAAAGGGGAAAGUCUGAGCCUUCUUCAAAACAGCACCCUGUUGCAUUAACUGAGAGUACCUCCGAAGUGACAAACUCCCAUGACUUGGAGAGUGUUGAGCUCCAGCUCUCGGCCAUAGACAUCCCCCAGCUGACCAUAGAGAGCUCCGUGGCCCCUGAGGACGCUGGGGUCCAUGGUGUGCAGAACGGAGCGGCUACUGAUGGCUCUGAUUCUGACAUAGAGGCCACUGGGCUUGUCCAAAAGGCAGAACAAUUGCAUAUCCAGGAGCCAGAGGAUGUGAAAAACACUGUGGUUUAAUGAAGGAUCUCUGAGGAAAAUGUUGGUUCCUGUCUGAAGUAACUAUAAUUAUGGAUAAGGCUGCUUUUCUUUGUUAACUGUCAAAGUGUUUUGCAUUUGUUCACAGAACUAGUUAUAGUAAUAAGGGAGAGGGGCUGAAUACUGAACAAGGGAAAUAGGAUAAAAAUGAAGAGCCUUCUCAAUAUUACAGGCGGGAUAUAAGAAUAUCUGCUGUUUCCACCAGCUGCCUAAGAUCUGAAAGCUCUUGCUUGUGGACAAUAUAUUUUCAAUAGAGCUGUUUUGUUUUUAUUAAUAAAAUGAGUGGUAUGCCUGUUUGUGCUUUGCAUAGGUUUCUGCCAAUAAUCCAAUACUGCGUCACCCAAUUGUCUUUUAAUUUAAUUGUAGAGAAACAGCAAGUUCACUAAACUGUAAUUGACUUUCAUUGAUAUUCAGCUUUGCAAAAUUGAAUAGAAAAUUAAAUAGAAAUCCAUAGAAAACAAUGAUUUAUUCUCUGUGUGUGAUAAAUUGUACAUGAAGAACUUGAUUAUUGAUUAACAAAUGUAUUUUUAUAAUGGCUUGUUGAGUGAUACUCCUGGGAUUGAAAAACUCAAAUGACUGAAUGUAAAAUCAAAGGAAACCUAGAGGUAUCUUUUGAUUAAUUAUGUAUUUAUAAACAAUUUAUCAUUAAAGUGAUAACAUCUCUG